AUGCUCGCCAAGACCAUUAUUGUUGCUGCCAUUGCAGCCAUUGUCGAGGCCCGUUUCGGGCAAGAAGGGGCCAUCCAGGCCACCAUUCAGGGCCUCAGCACUUUUGGUCAGCCCGGUCAAGCCGCCACGCUGGCCGGCCAGACCCCGGGUGUCCUCCUCGCCGGCGCCAACGCGUGUGCAAAGCUCGACCUCGCCGACCAGAUUGUGACGGCGCUCGGCACCGACGCCGCUGUUGUCGCGGCGGCGGCCCAGCUCGUCGGCGCCGAGAAGAACUUCAACCCGUCGGCCCAGUCGAUCCCGACACUGUGCUCGGACGCCACGCUGCCGGCGACGGAGGCUUUGCGCGGCAUUGUGCCGCUCGUGGAUCCGGCGGUGACGGGCUCGGAGGUGGAGAACGCCAACGCGGCGAAGUCGCUCCAGACGCCGUUCAACGCCAACGGCCUGAGCGUGGCCGACGUGGCCAAGGCACAGGGCUUCUCCAACUUCACCGCCCAGGCCAACGCCUAA